AUGUCGACGAUGCGGCAGCGCGCGGGCUCGGCUUCGGGCGCUCCGUCGGUCUGCCGCGGCCGCUUCGAUGAGGGGCUCCCUUCGGCCGGGUGGAUGGCGACGAUUGCCGGCUCCGUCUCGCUCGCGCUCCACACCCGCACCGUCGCGCCGCUGUACAAGGUGCCGGUCGUCAUCCACUCGGAUCACUGCGCCAAAAAGCUGCUCCCCUGGUUCGACGGGAUGCUGGAGGCCGACGCGAACUACGCCAGGGCCAACGGUGGGGUGCGUGUGCCGCACCCCCCCAUCUCUUUGGCUCCUUAG